AUGCUACAAAAGUUAUCGAAAAAUGACGAUGGGGACUAUUCUUAUUCAACACAAAUGUGUGCACUGUCUACCGAUAUGCUGAAGAUGGCAAUUUCUUUCCUUGUGUUGAAAUUUCGCAGUACAUGCCAGAAAGAACCGCGCGUUAUGUUGUCCCUUGCGGAAAUCCUUUAUAUGAGUAUUCCUGCAAUCCUAAUCGCGAUUGCUGAUAUCAUUUUCUAUUAUCUCCAAACGACUUUACGAAAUGAGCUGGUGAUUCAAGCCUUUGGAUCUUUGGAGAUUGUAGUGAUCGGUAUUGCGUCCUUCAUUCUUCUUGGGAGAUCACUGAAUGGAAUUCAAUGGGCAUCGAUCAUGUUGCUUUGUACGUCCGUGAUGUCGAUCGAAAUAGGCUCUUAUGACAGCAGCAGCAGCCUCCUUGACCUUCCUAUCUUCCCUUCCCUCUUAGCCUUGCUUUGUUCAGGUCUGGAAGGCACUGCAGGUGUGCUUUACGAGAAGAUUUUGAAGAAACACAACGAAAUGAAUUUCUUUCACCAAACUAUGUGGAUUACUUUUUGGGGAUCGAUCGUUCACCUCGUUUUUCUGCUGUUUCGCGGCUGGAAUACGUUCGUUCAGAGCAGAAUCGCUGCGUGGAAUUGUGAUCAUUUUUAUCUUCAAAUACACGGACUCCUUGACCGAAUCCUUGGUGUCCUGUGCUUCUCUCAUUCUUGCGUCGUUCGUAUCCUCUGCCAUUCUUCAUCGGGUUCUUCCUAUUUCUUUUUACAUUUCUAUUCUGAAUUUGUCGAUCGCAACGUAUUUAUACGAAUCAGCUCCGGAAACACCAAAUGUUCUCAAAAAGGCGGAGUCUGCUCCUGCUGA